AUGGGAAGCCUUCAAAUUCUCUCUGUUUUAUUCUUUUCACUCUUUUUGGCAAAAUGUUACUCCAAAGAAGAUUUUCUUCAUUGUCUUUCCAAAUACUCCAAAAAAAACGUUACCAAAAACAUUUACUCCCCAAAUUCUCCAACUUAUUUAUCUAUCCUGGAAUAUGCUCAGAAAAACCCCAGAUGGUUGAAUUCUUCUCACCCCCUCUUCAUUGCCUCCCCAAGGAAAGAAUCAGAAAUCAAGCCUGUCAUUCUUUGUAGUAAAAAAAUAGGCCUACAAAUGAAGAUCAAAAGUGGUGGCCACGACUAUGAAGGCAUAUCUUAUCGCUCUAAAUCCCCCUUUGUGUUGCUGGAUGUAAGCAAUCUUAACAAAAUCAAGAUUGAUUUAAAGGAAGAAACAGUUUGGGUUCAAACAGGAGCGACCAUCGGCCAGCUUUACUAUGCAAUUGCCAAGAAAAGUAAAAUACAUGGAUUUCCAGGCGGUAUAUGCUUCAGUGUUGGCACUGGUGGAAUGAUCAGUGGUGGUGGGCUCGGUGCAUUGAUGAGGAAAUUUGGCCUGGCAGCUGAUAACGUUGUAGACGCCCGCGUAAUGGAUAUUAAAGGAAAAAUUCUUGACAGAAAGAAAAACGAAGAUUUGUUUUGGGCGAUAAGAGGAGGUGGAGGAGCAAGUUUUGGUGUUAUUCUAGCAUGGAAACUCAAAUUGGUUCGUGUUCCCGAAAAACUUACUGUUUUCACUAUUCGUAGGAAGUUAGAGGGUAACCGAAAUCUCCUCCAAAAAUGGGAAAACGUAUCACAUAGACUCCCCGAAGAUUUGUUCAUUAGAGCUGUUGUUCAAAAUCGCAGAUUAUCAGAAGGAAAUGUUACUAAAAAGCAUGUGGAAUUCUAUUUUCAAGCACAAUAUGUUGGCCCUGUUGAUGAAUUAAUACCUCUCCUCAAACAAUACUUCCCUGAGUUUAAUUUGGAGCGAAAAGAUUGCUUCCAAGAGACUGCUGCUCCAGCAGAGAAAGAAUGUCACGAAGUCCCUUGGAUCGGAUCAGUCUUACAUUUAUUUUUCAGAAAACCAAAUGAUUCACCUAAAGUUUUGCUAGAAAAGAGAAUUCCAACGCGGAAAAAUUACAACAAAGGGACAUCUGAUUUUGUGAAGACUCCAAUUCCGGAAAGUGGUUGGGAAAUGAUUGAAAGACUACUUUUGGAAGAAGAAAGAGUCCAGAUGAUAAUGGAGCCAUUAGGUGGGAAAUUAGAUGAAAUAUCAGAAUCUGAAAUCCCAUUCCCUCAUAGAAGGGGGAAUUUAUAUACUAUUCAGUACUUGGUCAACUGGGGCGAUAACAGUAAGAGCAUAUCAAGCCAAAAGAUAGCAUGGUUGAGGAAAUUGUACAAGGAAAUGAAGCCAUAUGUUGCAAAAUCCCCAAGAACUGCUUAUCUGAAUUACAGGGAUUUUGGAUUAGGAACAAAUCAAAAGGACUACAACUAUUCCAAGGCCAAAAUAUGGGGUGAAAAGUAUUUUAAGGGCAAUUUUGAGAGGCUGGCUAAAGUGAAAAGAAAGGUGGAUCCCAAAAAUUUCUUCAGAAGUGAACAAAGUGUACCACCUUAUCAUUUAUCACAAUGAUAUAGCUGAAGAAGACUAGAUUCCAUGCAAUGGUUUUAUAUACAUGCUAGUCAAACUAAAUAAUACUC